AUGAGUGGCCACCGCAUGGAAGAGAUGUCUGACACUCACACUCACAGCAGUCCUCUCCUGGCAGAGCCUCCUUCCAGCAGACACAAACUCUAUGAGUCAGAGUUUACCAGCCCUAGCUGGCCCUCAAGCCCCCAGGAUACACACCCGGCCCUGCCCCUCCUGGAAAUGCCUGAAGAAAAGGAUCUUCGAUCAUCCAGCGAAGAAAGCCACAUUGUGAAGAUUGAAAAACCCAAUGAAAAGGGUAGAAGAAUAGAAAGUGGGGAAGCCCCUCAGGGCUCUUUGGGCCAAGGGGGCAUCAGCCUCUUUCAAGCUGUGGGCUACCUCACAGGCGAGAUGAAAGAAUGCAGGAGCUGGCUGAAAGAUAAGCCCCUGGCCUUCCAGUUCACAGACUGGGUUCUGAGGGGGGCCGCUCAGGUGAUGUUCGUCAACAACCCUCUCAGCGGGCUCAUCAUCUUCAUAGGGCUCCUGAUCCAGAAUCCCUGGUGGACAAUUGCUGGGGGUCUGGGGACAGUGGUGUCAACUUUAACUGCCCUUGUCUUGAGCCAGGACAGGUCCGCCAUCGCCUCGGGUCUCCAUGGGUACAAUGGGAUGCUGGUGGGAAUGCUGAUAGCUGUGUUCUCCGAGAAGUUAGACUAUUACUGGUGGCUUCUGCUUCCUGUGACCUUCACAGCCAUGUCCUGCCCUGUCUUUUCUAGUGCCUUGAGUUCCGUCUUCAGCAAGUGGGACCUCCCGGUCUUCACACUGCCCUUCAACAUCGCAGUGACCCUGUACUUGGCGGCCACGGGCCACUACAACCUCUUCUUCCCCACGACGCUGGUGGAGCCCAUGUCUUCAGUGCCGAACAUCACCUGGUCAGAGAUUGAGAUGUCUUUGCUGCUACAAGCCAUCCCCGUUGGGGUCGGACAGGUGUAUGGCUGUGACAAUCCCUGGACAGGUGGCGUGUUCCUGGUGGCCCUGUUCAUCUGCUCGCCACUCAUCUGCUUGCAUGCAGCCAUUGGCUCAAUCGUGGGGAUGCUAGCAGCCCUGACGGUGGCCACGCCCUUCAAGACUAUCUACCUGGGCCUCUGGAGCUACAACUGUGUCCUCUCCUGCAUCGCCAUCGGUGGCAUGUUCUACGCCCUUACCUGGCAGACACACCUGCUGGCCCUCAUCUGCGCCCUGUUCUGUGCAUACAUGGGAGCAGCCCUCUCCAACAUAAUGUCAGUGGUUGGUGUGCCACCAGGCACCUGGCCCUUCUGCCUCUCGGCACUCACCUUCCUGCUCCUGAUGACCAACAACCCGGCCAUCUACAAGCUCCCACUCAGCAAAGUCACCUACCCAGAGGCCAACCGCAUCUACUACCUGACAGUGAAAAGCAGUGAAGAAGAGAUGUCCCUCAGUGGCAGCGCUGGGGGGCAGCCGCCCACGACGAGCCCAAAGGCAGAUGAGGGCUCGGAGGCUGUGCACCCCAAGCCCAGGAACGUGUUCCACAUCGAGUGGUCAUUCAUUCGCAGGAGGAGCAAAGUAUUUGGAAAAGGUGAACACCAGGAAAGGCGCACCAAAGACCCUUCUCCCCACCAAUACCGGAAGCCCACGGUCGAGUUGCUGGAUCUGGACACCAUGGAGAAGAGCUCCGAGAUAAAGGUGGAAACAGGCAUCUCCAAGACUUCCUGGAUUCAGAGUUCCCUGGCUGCCAGCGGGAAGAGGGUCCGCAAAGCCCUCGGGUACAUCACAGGAGAGAUGAAGGAGUGCGGAGAGGGACUUAAAGACAAAUCCCCAGUGCUCCAGUUCCUCGGCUGGGUCCUCCGGGGCGUAUCCCAGGUGAUGUUUGUGAACAACCCCCUCAGUGGCAUCCUCAUCGUCCUCGGCCUCUUCGUCCAGAACCCCUGGUGGGCCAUCUCGGGCUGCCUGGGCACCGUGGUGUCCACCCUGACAGCCCUCAGCCUGAGUCAGGACAAGUCCGCCAUCGCAGCCGGACUUCACGGCUACAACGGGGUGCUGGUGGGGCUGCUGAUGGCUGUGUUCUCGGACAAAGGCGACUAUUACUGGUGGCUUCUACUCCCCGUCAUCGUGAUGUCCGUGUCUUGCCCCAUCCUCUCCAGUGCCCUGGGCACCAUCUUCAGCAAGUGGGACCUCCCGGUCUUCACGCUGCCCUUCAACAUCGCAGUGACCCUGUACCUGGCAGCCACGGGCCACUACAACCUCUUCUUCCCCACGAAGCUGCUGCAGCCCUCCUCCUCCAUGCCCAAUAUCACCUGGUCGGAGGUCCAAGUGCCCUUGCUUUUGAGAGCCAUCCCUGUUGGAAUCGGCCAAGUGUACGGCUGCGAUAACCCCUGGACUGGAGGCAUUUUCCUCAUAGCUUUGUUCAUAUCGUCACCUCUUAUUUGCUUGCAUGCUGCGAUCGGAUCCGCCAUGGGGAUGUUAGCAGCCCUCACUCUCGCGACACCCUUUGACUCCAUCUACUUCGGGCUGUGUGGCUUCAACAGCACGCUGGCCUGCAUCGCCAUAGGAGGCAUGUUCUACGUCAUCACCUGGCAGACGCACCUCCUCGCCGUCGCCUGCGCUCUGUUUGCAGCCUAUCUGGGUGCUGCCCUGGCUAACGUAUUAUCUGUGUUUGGAUUACCACCCUGCACCUGGCCCUUCUGCCUCUCGGCACUGACCUUCCUGCUCCUGACGACCAACAACCCGGCCAUCUACAAGCUCCCACUCAGCAAAGUCACCUACCCAGAGGCCAAUCGAAUCUACUACCUGUCCCAGGAGAAAAACAGAAGAGCAUCAACCAUCACAAAGUACCAGGCCUACGAUGUGUCCUAAGUUGCCCUUUCCAAAACAUGUCACUGUAAAUUCAGCCUUCAGCAGGCUGUCCAGGUCCCCAGGCUGAAGGCCACUUAAAUUCUCCUUCUGAUUGUUCUGUGAUUCUGCCCCCAAGCAAGCCUAUACCCCAGUUAUUCCCAAGAACAGGGAAAUAAGCGUGCAGUCCCUAUUCAGGAAGUUCUCUGUUCUAAGAUGCACAAUACUUAUCAAAAACAUGGUUAAUUUAGACCUUAUAGCUCACUCCAUAAGAGCUCCCUUUGUGGGGCAUUUUCUCUCUUUUGCAAAAUAAGCCACACCCCUAAAGAGAACUCACCAGGAAGGGGACAGAGAUGGGUGACAUUGUUAGCCAAUUCAGUCAUUUAAUGCAGUGACGUAGUGUCAGGAAAUCAGUCUACAAGGCAAAAGGGCAGGUCUGCCCCUAGCUCUGCCAUGAGUGAACUCCAACCACUUGGGUGGGUCCAUCCCCCCUCUCAGCCUCAAUUUCUUAUUGGUUUCAUGACGAGGAGGGACCCUACAGUCCCUUCCAGCUCAGAAGUAUUGAUUCUUCUCUUUUCUAUAAACUGACAAAAUCAGCAUGACCGAUAAAUAAUUACUUUAAGUAAGAGAUGAAAGGGCUAUCUGGAGAAGAGGCAGGACAAUUUUAAUGUUGUAUGGAGAUUUAUUCUUGAGUCAUGAGAUGUUCUCCAGACUUGGAAUUAGGAACAUAAGUUCACUGGAAAUGCCAACAUGCCUUCCUUUACGUAACAAAUAUUACUAGAAAUGUCAUCAGAUAAAACUGAUCUUUUUCAACAUUUAAAUCAUAUUUUAAACAAAUGUGUUUCCUUUUGUAAUAUUCAUAAGCAUACUCUCAUUAAAUGUUUAAGGUUGCAA